AUGGUUCAAGAUCAAUCAUAUGGAAAGAUUGCACAGUUGAUCAGGGAUGGCGUAAUUAGACCAAGUGACGUGAAAGGAAUAAUUCAUGUGAGACGAAGGGAUGGAACGAUAAAGAGAUGCAUAGUCUUUGAAGACCCUGAACAAAGAAGUGAAGAAGUUGUCUCGUCAAAUCAUAUCACCCUAAGUGAAGAAGUGAACAUAGAGGAAGAAGACGCCGAGAUGGCCCCUCAGCAGUUUGAGGAAGGUGUUAAAUCCACCAUUGAUGAGCUAAAAGAGAUCAACUUGGGUACCAUUCAUGAGCCACGAUCCACCUUCAUUAGUGCAUUAUUGACAAAGGAUGAGGAAGGUGCAUAUGUCGAAUUACUUAAGGAGUUUAAAGACAAAUUUGCAUGGUCAUACAAGGAAAUGCCAGGAUUAAAUCCAAAGAUAGAUGUGCAUCAUUUGGCUAUUGCCUACUUUCAUGCUUUCGGUUCUAAGUGUUUCAUACACAACAAUGAUAAGAAGAGGUUGAACACUUUCGAUAGCAAGGCUGAUCCAGGAGUCUUCCUUGGAUACUCUGGAACAGAACGUUCAAGCAAAGCCUAUCGAGUGUUUAAUACUCAAACUCUUUGUGUUGAAGAAACACCUCAUGUGAUCUUUGAUGAGUCUACAGAUGGUUUCAGGGAACAAGAAGCUGAAAAGUGUGUUCAAAACACUGAAGGUUCCAGAGCUGAAAUCCACAACACUGAGCCCUCUACUGUCUUGAUAUGGGGACCAGGCAAAGAUGAAGAUACUGAGAUGCUUCAGUAUCAGAAGAUCAACCGAAGGUCUGAAGUUCAGACUGGAGCCAAUGCAGACGGCAUCAGUCAAGGGGGAACUCCAGUUGCUGAAGUUAGAGUUGAACGCGCAGAAGCCGCCCCAGCUCAACUCACCCCUGCUCCAGAAGGUGCUCAACACCCCAGAACCAUUCUGACCGAAGAAGCCCCACCUUCACCUGAAGAGAUCAAGAAGUAUCGAAGAUGGUUUGAACUCCACUCAAAGGAGAACAUCAUUGGAGAACCAUCAGAUGGCGUCAAGACUCGGAGA